AAUCUGAAAUUUUCUAUUGAGUUGUGUUUUGAAAAGUAAAAGGGUUGGCUUAUUUUCAACGUUUGGAUUUGUCUUGUGGUACGUAACAAAGCUCAGCCUCACCACCUUCUUCAUGUCUAUAAAAGGAUAUGCCUCUGUUUAUACUUUCCCUCACAACUUAAAUUAUUCUUAAGCUUAAUUGUACUAUAACAUAAUUAAGUUUGUAACAAUGGCGGCUUCUUUUAAAGCUAUUAUUUCUUUGGUACUGUGUUUGAUGAUGGCUGUGUCUGUGAGAUCUCAGCUUAGCUCCACCUUCUACGACACUACAUGUCCUAACGUAUCAAGCAUUGUGCGUGGUGUUAUGCAGCAAGCUCUUCAAAGUGACGAUAGAGCUGGUGCCAAAAUCAUCCGUCUCCAUUUUCAUGAUUGUUUCGUCGACGGUUGUGAUGGGUCGGUGCUACUCGAGGACCAAGAUGGUAUAACGAGUGAGUUGGGUGCACCGGGAAACGGAGGCAUCACGGGUUUCAAUAUUGUUGAUGACAUCAAAACUGCAGUUGAGAAUGUUUGUCCAGGAGUCGUUUCAUGUGCUGACAUUCUAGCCAUUGCUUCGAGAGAUGCAGUCACCUUGGCAUCAGGACAGGGUUGGACGGUUCAAUUGGGAAGAAGAGACAGUAGAACAGCAAAUCUGCAAGGAGCCACGAAUAGGCUCCCAAGUCCUUUUGAGAGUCUCUCCGAAAUCCAAACCAAAUUUACCGAUGUUGGUCUUAACGACGGUACCGAUGUCGUUGCUCUAUCAGGUGCACACACAUUUGGACGUUCAAGAUGCAUGUUUUUCAGUGGACGCCUAAGCAAUAAUACAAACGCAGACUCACCCAUAGACCCAACAUACGCGAGUGAGUUGAGCCAAAGUUGUCAAUCAGGGGGAAACACAUUUGUGAAUCUAGACCCAACGACGCCAAACACAUUCGACAGAAACUACUUUACAAAUCUUCAGAACAACCGAGGACUUUUGAGAAGUGACCAAGUUCUGUUUUCUACUGAUGGAGCUUCAACUAUCAGUAUUGUCAACAGCUUUGCCAGCAGCGAGAGUGCAUUUGCCGACGCCUUCGCUCAAUCAAUGAUAAGGAUGGGAGAUCUCGACCCUAAGACUGGGACCACCGGAGAAAUCAGGACCAAUUGUAGAAGACUCAAUUAAGAUAAUAAUUAUAAACCGACCACGUCGUCGUAUAAUGAUUUCAUACACCAAAUUAAAGUGUAUUUAUAUAUUGUUAUGUGUGUGUGUGUGAGUUGGCCAUAUCAUAUCAUAUGGUCAAACUCAAAGUAAGAAUAUGUUGAAUAAUUGUAAAGCGCGUGCGAGAGCCUAAAUUGCUUGCACAAAGCUUCCAUUGGGAGAGUUGAUAUAUUGUUUAGUGUUUUUGGAGAAAAGAAUACAAAUGUGAUUUUAUA